GAGAGGAGCUAAGGCUAAGCAUGACAAUCACUCCCUCACUCUCCGGUGUGCGAUGUGGUUCGAUUCCAGGAGAGGGGCUGCUUAUAAUUCUCUCAUUGCCUUUGCUUUCUCUUCCACAUUGUCUGCAGCUUUAAUGCAUGGUAUAAAAAGGGACGACCAUACAAGGAAUAGAAAUGCCUAAGACUCAAACGUUUCCCUUCACAAGACCUCUGACACCAAAGAAAUCAAAGAAAUCGAUUAUACUUAAGGUUUGGUUGUGCAUUUGAGAGAGAGGGCGAGAGAAUCCAAGGGACAGAGAGAGGCAUCCAUAAUCAAAGCUGGAGAGCAACAGUGAGAGGGAAAGGGAGAAAGCAAUGUGUCUAUCUUGCAACUUCGGCGACCAUCAUCACAAUUGAAUACGAAUUUGAAAAACCACAGCGCUGCAACUAAUCUGUCUUCUGAGAAAGGGGAGGCAGUGAGCGAAGGUCAGAGACGUAUUAUUUAUUUGAUUUUUAACACUACUGAAAAGCCAUAUACAGUAUUGUUCUACAAUAUUACUGUGCUAUUAUUUAUACAAACCCUGUCAAUAGUCUGAUGUUUUAUGAAUCAGGCCUAGUUUUCCUGAGCUAUUCCAAUGGCCUGAACUUUAGGUUCAGUCCCUAACUGCCUUAUCUUGACCAUUUUCUUUGAUGAUGUAAACACUAUCAUCUCCCUGCCUGCCUUACAUUUCCCUCCUACUGAAGCCAAUGCACAAACAAACUGACAGACUGGAAAUGGAGGCAAGCCAACCCGGUUGUUGAGGCCUUCAGUUCGGAUGAUUAGAUCGGAUAUACCUAUACUUUUCCUCCUGAUCCGGAAAAAGGCCCAGAAAUAGCCCUCAAGUACAUAGACACACUCUGUACCUUUACUCACCAUCCCAGCUUACUCCUGAAACAAAAGCUACUAAACAAAAAUGGCUGCUGGAGUUGCAACAUGGAUGCCCUUUGCUCGGGCAGCAGCCGUAGGCUGGCUACCACUGGCCCAAAAGACCAUGCCCAAGCCUCCUGUGGACAAAAAGAGUCGCAGUGAUGAGAUCUUGUUUGUAAAUGUGAGUGGACUACGCUUUCAGACAUGGAAGAACACCUUGGACCGUUACCCAGACACCCUUCUAGGCAGCUCAGAAAAGGAGUUUUUCUACAAUGAGGAAACUCAGGAAUAUUUCUUUGACAGGGAUCCAGAGAUGUUCCGCCAUAUACUAAACUUUUUUCGAACAGGCAAGCUACAUUACCCCCGACAUGAAUGCAUUCAGGCUUUUGAGGAAGAGCUGGCUUUCUAUGGCAUAAUACCGGAGAUCAUAGGUGACUGCUGUAUGGAAGAGUACCGGGAUCGCAAGAAGGAGAACCAGGAGCGUUUGGCUGAGGACACUGAGGCCGAGAAUGCCGGAGACGCUCCCCUGCCCCCAGACGCCACAUUACGAGAGAGGCUUUGGAGGGCCUUUGAGAACCCUCACACAAGCACCAUGGCCUUGGUUUUUUACUACGUCACUGGCUUCUUCAUCGCUGUGUCUGUUAUUGCCAACGUUGUGGAAACAGUUCCCUGCCGACCAAUCAAAGGGAGUAUAAAGGACCUGCCAUGUGGUGAGAAGUUUUCAGUGGCCUUCUCUUGUUUGGACACGGCCUGUGUGCUUAUCUUCUCCUUUGAGUACCUCAUGAGACUGUAUGCUGCCCCCAGCCGCUGUGAUUUUGCACGUUCGGUGAUGAGCGUGAUAGACGUGGUGGCCAUCUUGCCCUUCUACAUUGGCCUUGUUAUGCCAGAGAAUGAGGAAGUCAGUGGGGCCUUUGUCACCCUGCGAGUCUUCCGGGUGUUCCGUAUCUUCAAGUUCUCCCGUCACUCUCAGGGGCUGCGUAUCCUGGGCUGCACGCUACAAGCCUGCGCCUCGGAGCUGGGCUUCCUCCUCUUCUCCCUCACCAUGGCCGUCAUCAUCUUUGCCACCGUCAUGUUCUACGCUGAGAAAGGCACCAAGGGAACCACGUUUUCCAGCAUCCCUGCCUCCUUCUGGUACACCAUCGUCACCAUGACAACACUGGGAUAUGGAGACAUGGUUCCCGACUCCAUAGCGGGCAAGAUAUUUGGCUCCAUCUGCUCCCUCAGUGGCGUGCUGGUGAUUGCUCUACCUGUGCCUGUUAUAGUCUCCAACUUCGCAAGGAUCUACCACCAGAACCAAAGGGCAGAUAAGAUGAGGGCACAGCAGAAAGUGCGCCAGGCAAGGAUUCGAAUGGCUAAAAAAGGGGCCACCAAUGCAUUCUUGCAGCACAAAGAGGAUGGGGGAUUGCAGGAUGGUGAUGGUGACAACACACCUCUUUGUGUGAAGAACAGGUCCGCCUUUGAGCACCAACAUCAUCACCUAUUGCACUGCUUGGAGAAAACCACAAAUCACGAGUUCACCGAUGAAGUCACCUACAGCGAGGUGUGUGUGACCGACUCAGUGGGCUUCCGCACCAGCCGCAGCACUUCGCUGUCCAGCCAGCAGGGGGCCACCACAACCUGCUGCUCCCGCCGGGCCAAGAGGAGGGCCUUCCGCCUUGCCAAUUCCACUGUCUCUGUCAGCCGGGGCAGUGUGCAGGAGCUGGACACGCUGCACGUCACCAAGACUCCUGCUAGUACCCAGUACCCACAGAGUCGCUCCAGUCUAAAUGCCAGGACUGAAAACCUGAAGCUGAACUGUGAUGACUACACGGCAGCCAUCAUCAGUAUCCCCACUCCCCCAGCCAACACUCCUGAUGAGAGCCUACCUAACUCCCCCGCCAUCCCUGGCAUUCUACGCAACUCUCGCUCCAGUACCUUCAACACCCAGGAAACUGUCAAGAUCUCCUCUCUAUAACCCCCUGAAGCACAGGACCUUGACCCAUUGCACAAAAGAAGAGGAAAGGGGCCCAUCAGAGAAGAACAUGGGAAAGAAGGACAUUCAAGGAUGAUACCACACACUCUUUGCAAAUGCUUCACUCCAAUACCAACGUAAUGUCCACUGAAUAGAGGUAGGGCUAGCGUGAAUCUUUUUCAUUUAGUCAUUCAUUUGAUUUGAACCAUCCAUGUGACGUGCUGGGGAAGUUACUGUGAGGUUGACCUUUUGGUCCAGGGAGUUACGGGGGGUGGGGGAGUUAGUAAAUUGAGUGAGUAUCACAGAGACUCACGGAGACUGUGAGCUGAGCAGGAACAGAUGACAGCGUGUGAAACAGGAAUGUACAUGCCUCUUGGUCUCAGAGAACGGACACAUAUACCCACCGUGGCAUCGAAGGCCUUUUUACUUUUCAAGAUAUGCAACGUUAGAACAAGCAGGAAAAACGAAUAUACAGUACAUCAUGUGUGUCAAAAAAUAUUGCAGGGAGAGAUUAUAAAGAUUAUGAAUAACGACAAAAGGAUAUUGAUAUAUGAAUACACCUAUAGAGAGAGAAAUAUUAGUUCUGCAUUCUGCAAUAGAUUUCUUCACACAAACUCGGAUGGAAAUUAAGGAGUGAUUGUUAGAUGGUAGUGCAUAUGUAACAUAUUUUGUAUCAUACGUCUCUAAAUCACAUGCAUCUUCAAACCUUACCAAAAAAUGUCAGUGUAAUGACGAGCUUAAUACAGCGAUGCAUGUUCCUGUACAGUAGAUGCUGGAGAAUAGAACCUGAUAUUAGUGGUGUCAGAUAUGACGAGCUCAUAGGUUUUUUGCAUGGUACCUUAUUCUUUCCCGCAGAACAGUUAGUUUGAUUUCUGUCUCCUGACAACAUUGUGAAGUAAUAAUGAUGUCACGUGCUGCACCAGAAGUGUACAUUAGGUUAAAAAAAAAAAAA